AUGUCUCGUCUACAUAAAAUGUCAAUUCAAGGCAUUCGAAGCUUUGGAAAUCGAGAUCAAGAUACACAAGUCAUAACAUUCUUCUCUCCAUUGACGGUUAUUGUCGGUCCAAAUGGAUCGGGUAAAACGACCAUAAUUGAAUGUUUAAAAUACAUGUCAACUGGUAUAAUGCCACCGGGUGCUAAAACAGGUGGAGCAUUUGUUCAUGAUCCAAAAGUAGCACAUGAUACAGAAGUACGUGGUCAAAUUCGACUUCUAUUUCAAGAUGUUACAGGGCAUAAUGUUCAAGUGCAACGCACACUUGUUGCUACACAAAAAAAAAGCAGUAUUAGUUUACGAACGCUUGAAGGUAUUAUUAUUCGUGAGGGUGUUAAUGGUGAACCAAUACAAAUAACAUCGAAGUGCAUUGAACUCGACCGAGAAAUGGUUACAGCAUUCGGUGUAUCGACCGCUAUUCUUGAAAACGUUAUCUUUUGUCAUCAAGAAGAAUCGAAUUGGCCAUUAAGCGAAGGAAAACAAUUGAAAACAAAAUUCGAUGAUAUAUUUGCAGCAACGAAAUAUAUGAAAGCACUUGAAUUAAUUCGAAAAAUUCGAACUGAAAAAUUACAAACAGUGAAAAUCAGCCGAGCCGAAAUCGGACAUUUGAAAACCUAUCGUGAUAUGUUAGUUCAAAAAAAAAGACAAUAUUCAGAUAUUGAUGAUCGUCGGCAAGCAUCAAAAAAUAAUGUCGACAGUAUUCAAAUUAAACUUGAACCUAUUGAUUCUCGCUUGGAACUUAUUGCCAAAGAAAGUUCAAAAAUGGUUGAUUUUCAACGACGUAUGGAUCGUCUCGCGAAUGAAUGUGAAGCAUUAAAAAAGAAGAUUCGUGAUCUCAAUGCAAUUAUUGAAGAACCAUUUGAAGGUUCCGAAGAUGAACUUAAAUUAUUAAUAACCAAUUUUCAACGUGAUCAAGAUAAAAAGAAACGUGAAAUUCAAGAUUUAGAUGCGAAAAAAUUGACAAUGGAACGGCAAAUAAAAAAACUAAGCGAAAAACGUACAUCCGACACGAGUCGUUUAGGUGGUUAUGAAUUUGAAGAAAAACAAUAUAAAUCAAAUUUAAGUCGUCGCCAACAAUUCAUCGAUGAAUACGUUCAAAGUUCAUCGCAAACAAUUGAUAAAGCAAAUCUAAAUAGUCAUUUAGAUAAACAAAUUCAAAGUGGACAAAAAGACCUAAUGGAAAAACGUUUAUUUUAUCAACAAAAGGAAAAAACUAUCCAACAAGAUGUAGAUAAAUGUCAAGAACAACGUAUUAAAAUCGAGUCAACAAUUAAAUUAAAAAGUUCACAAGUUGAAAAAACUCUCAAAGAAAUUCAAGAUAUAAAACAACAACAGAAACAAAUUGAACAAUAUUUAAACAAACUAAAUGAACUUAAUAAACGGAUUGAACGUAAAGACGAUGAAUAUCAACAGAAAUUAUCAAACGGAAUCAAUAUCGACCAAUUAAAAGUUGAUAUUAGUAGUGACGAACAAAAGCGUACUCAACUUCAAUUUGAACUUAAAGAUUUAAACAACGAAAUUGAUAAUUUACAUGCCAAUGCAAAAAUUAAUACUGAAUAUGAAAUGUUCAAAAAGGAAAAAACUGAACGUGAUGAACAAAUUAGAAAAAUUAAAGUUCGUCAUCAUGAAAUUCUAACAACCCUCUUUCAAGGUUCAAUACCAGAACAAGAUUCGAAUAUUUGUGUUCAAUUUGAACGAGAACAUCGUAAACUACAACAAAGUCGUAUUACAUUGGAACGACAAAUUCAAGACAUACGUCGAGAGUUAUCUGGCAAAGAAGAAAAACGUCGUCUAUUAGCUGAUGAAUUAAAACGAAAAGAUUCAUUGCGAACUGAAUAUACUGAUCGUUUGCAAGAACAACUCACUGGACAAAACUAUGAAAAAUAUUUAGAAAAGCUAUCCAACGAUGUUAAACAAAAACAAGAUGAAAAGGGCAGUCUUGUUGGCAUGGAAAGAACUUAUCAAAGAUUUAUUAAUCAAGUUCGAUCAACAUUAAAAGCAGAUCCAUGUUGUCCGUUGUGCUAUCGAAAAUUUGAAAAGCAAUCCGAAGGUGAACAAUUAAUGCGUGACAUGGAAUUACAAAUCAAAGGACCUGAAUAUCGAAGUAAAAUUGAUCGUGAUUUAGCAUUGUUGCAAGAAAAAUUCGAAAACUGUCUGAAUCUUAAAUCGGUUAACAGUCAACUACAAGAUCUUGAAGAAAGAGAUAUUCCAACAUUGAAAAAUCAAAUGAAACAGCUCGACAAAGAAAUUGUGGAACUAAAAAAUAAACAGACCGAUCUCGAAAAAGAAUUAAAUGAUCAAAUAACUUCACCAUUAGAACAAUGUGAACAAGUCAAAACAGAUAUUAUUAUGCUUAAUAAAUAUGUUGUCGAACGAAAAGAUUUCGAAACAAAAAUUACUAUUUGUCAACAAAAACUCGGUAAAGGACAAAAAUCGACGCCGCGCUCACUCGAUGAAGUAAAACAAGUGAAAAAUGAUGCACAAAAUCAAUUCGAUCAACUUGACAAAGAAUUACAACGUAAACAUAAAGAACUUCGUUCACAACAAGAUAUAAUACAAGAGCUACGCGAAUCAUUAACUGAACUUAAAAAUGAAAAAUUAAAAUUAAGUUCUGAUAUACAAAAGAAAGAACGACUUGAUGAACAGCUACAAAAAUUAACCAAUACUAUUCAAACACUUAAAGAGGAAAUCGAAACAGACAAAAUAGCAUUAGAACCAAUUAAUAUUGAUAUUCAAACGAAAACAAAAGAAAAAACUCGGCUACUGACAGAGAAAGAAAAGACCUUAUCGGCACUUACUGAAUCGGCCAAUGUUCUGGAGCAAAAAUUUAAUGAACUAAAAAUAUUAACAACAACAAUUAAUAACUUCGAAGAUCGUACAUCGAAAUUAUUAGACGAACUUCGUUCGUCAUUCGAUCAAAUCAAUAUUCAAGAAAUACAAUUACAAUCACAACUAUCAUCAUGUAUAGCAACGAUUGCUCAAUAUAAAGAUGAUCUAGCUCGAUCAGAUAAUCGCUAUCGACAACUAAACGAUAAUCGACAGUUACUUUCAAGUGAAAUAGAACUUAAACAGAAACAAAAAGAUCUUACUGAACUUGAAGAAAAAACUCAUGGGCUUAAAUUAGAUUCGCUAAUACGAGAAGAAAAGCAAUUACGUUCAACGCAAGAUACACUAUUUAAAGAGAAACAUACAGCAUCAGCACGACUUGCAACAUUAGAACAACAAUUAAUUGAAUUAGGACAAGAACUUGAACAGGAACAUUUAAAAAAUGCAAAUGAACGUUAUCUUAAACAUUUCGUUCAACAAACAAUCGAAGAAAUAGCAUCGCAAGAUCUCGAACGUUUCUAUAAAGUUUUAGAUCAAACAAUGAUGACAUAUCAUACUCAAAAAAUGAAACAAUUAAAUAAAAUUAUCCGUGAUCUUUGGCGAACAACGUAUCGCGGUUCUGAUAUUGAUGCGAUUGAAAUCCGUUCGGAUGCUGAUGAAGAAAACGCAUCGAAAGCUCGUCGAACAUAUAACUAUCGUGUUGUUAUGCUUAAAGCUGGCUCAGUUAUGGACAUGCGAAAUCGUUGUAGUGCUGGUCAAAAAGUUCUUGCUUCACUUAUUAUUCGACUUGCGUUAGCUGAAGCAUUUUGUCUCAAUUGUGGCAUUCUGGCGCUAGAUGAACCAACGACUAAUCUCGAUUUUGAAAACAUCGAUGGAUUAGCGCAAGCAUUGAUUGAACUUGUCAAAAACCGCGCAAGUCUAAAAAACUUCCAAUUGGUUAUUAUAACACACGAUGAAGAUUUUGUGGAUUCACUUGGUAAAUCUGCAUAUGCAGAAAAAUGUUAUCGUGUAUCAAAAAAUAAUAAUGGCCUAUCGAGAAUCGACGUUUGCAAUAUUGCUUCAUUUGGUGCACAUUGA